AAUUCUAUAUACUCGCUUGGAACGUCAGCGGUGAUAUUUGUAAUGUCCUCACGGCGACGGCGCUACAUGUUUGCUUACGUAGCUAAAAUGCUUUGUAAAGUAGUCCAAGCAGUAGAGAACAACGAUACUGAAAGAAUUGAUGCUGGACCACAAGUGGACGUUUAAACGGAUACUUCUCGCCUGCCACACCCUUUCAAAAGCAAAAUACCUAUUAUUUUUCUUCAAAAUAACGGAAUGGAUUUGGAGAAGAUUUAAAGUGGAUGUUGUUGCCAAGUGACGUGUUGCCAAACGCUUAAGUGUCAACUUUGCCAACUUUUUUUCUUCUUCUUCUUCCUGAGACCACAUCAAGUCAAGAAGAAGGGAAUUUAUUAUAACUUGGAGGCAAAAUGGAUCAAGCCAGCGGCGGGGACGACCCUAGUAAACCUUCUAAAAAGAGGUCCAGUGAGGAUGAAGGCAGGAAUAAAAAACUGGUAGGUAUUUGUUCGGAGUCUUAGUCCAGAGAUUUAUUGUCGUUAUUGCAUUAGUUUUGUAAUCCGAACUACACUGAUAUUGUUUCUCAAUCGUGUUUUUAGUGCAGAAUGACACUGAAAUAGCCAUCGCUGCGUAAUCCGCCCAAAGUGCACUGCAGCUAAUAGAUAUCAUAGUUGCACUAAAGAAAUGGAGGACACAACGUCCACAGUCUCCAAAAACAAUUUAAAAUGUGGACUCGUCAGACCACAGAACACUUUUACACUUUGCAUAAUUCCAUUUUAGAUGAGCUUGGGCCCAGCGAAGCCGGAAGCGUUUCUGGGUGUUGUUGAUAAAUGGCUUUGGCUUUGCAUAGUAGAGUUUUAACUUGCACUUACAGAUGUAGCGACAAACUAUAGUUACUGACAGUGGUUUUCUGAAGUGUUCCUGGGCCCAUGUAGUGAUAUCCUUUACACACUGAUGUCACUUUUUGAUGCAGUAGCGCCUAAGGGAUUGAAGGUCCGUAAUGUCAUCGCUUACGUGCAGUGAUUUCUCCAGAUUCUCUGAACCUUUUGAUGAUAUUACGGACCGUAGAAGGUAAAAUCCCCAAAUUCCUUACAAUAGCUGGUGGGAGAAAUGUUGGUCUUAAACAAUUUGCCCACGCAUUCGUUCACAAAGUGGUGACCCUCGCCCCAUCCUUGUUUCAUGGAAGCUGCUUUUAUACCCAAUCAUGGCACCCACCUGUUCCAAUUAGCCUUCUUCUUCCUGAGACCACAUCAAGUCACGAAGAAGAGAAUUUACUAUAACUUGGAGGCAAAAUGGAUCAAGCCAGCAGUGGGGAUGCCCCUAAUAAACCUUCUAAAAAGAGGUCCAGUGAGGAUGAAGGCAGGAAUAAAAAACUGUUAGGUAUUUGUUUGGAGUUGCGUGCAGUUGAUGCAACGAGAGUCUUAGUCCAGAGAUUUAUUGUCGUUAUUGCAUUAGUUUUGUAAUCCGAACUACACUGAUAUUGUUUCUCAAUCGUGUUUUUAGUGCGGCAUGACACUGAAAUAGCUAUCGAUGCGUUGCCAUCGCUGCGUAAUCCACCCAAAGUGCACUGCAGCUAAUAGAGUUCAUAGUUGCACUAAAGAAAUGGAGGACACAAUGUCCACAGUCUCCAAAAACAAUUUGAAAUGUGGACUCGUCAGACCACAGAACACUUUUACACUUUGCAUAAUUCCAUUUUAGAUGAGCUUGGGCCCAGCGAAGGCGGCUGCGUUUCUGGGUGUUGUCGAUAAAUGGCUUUGGCUUUGCAUAGUGGAGUUUUAACUUGCAUUUACAGAUGUAGCCAAAAACUAUAGUUACUGACAGUGGUUUUCUGAAGGGUUCCUGAGCCCAUGUGGUGAUAUCCUUUACACACUGAUGUCGCUUUUUGAUGCAGUACCGCCUAAGGGAUUGAAGGUCCGUAAUGUCAUCGGUUACGUGCAGUGAUUUCUCCAGAUUCUCUGAACCUUUUGAUGAUAUUACGGACCGUAGAAGGUGAAAUCCCUAAAUUCCUUACAAUAGCUGAGGGAGAAAUGUUGGUCUUAAACAAUUUGCCCACGCAUUCGUUCACAAAGUGGUAACCCUCGCCCCAUCCUUGUUUCAUGGAAGCUGCUUUUAUACCCAAUCAUGGCACCCACCUGUUCCAAUUAGCCUUCUUCUUCCUGAGACCACAUCAAGUCACGAAGAAGGGAAUUUACUAUAACUUGGAGGCAAAAUGGAUCAAGCCAGCGGUGGGGACGCCCCUAAUAAACCUUCUAAAAAGAGGUCCAGUGAGGAUGAAGGCAGGAAUAAAAAACUGAACAUACACAUAAAAACAUUGGCUGACGACAUGCGUGAUCGUAUCACCAGUUUCCGAAAAACAGGCAUGAAGAAGGAGAAGCCCCUCAUUCAGCACCCGACGGACCCCCUGUCGAUCCAGACCGAGCUGCCGCUCCCUCAGCCGCUCUUUGACGAGCGCUCCAUGAACCUUUCGGAAAAGGAGAUUAUUGACCUCUUUGAGAAGAUGAUGGAGGACAUGAAUCUGAAUGAAGAGCGAAAGGCCCCCCUUCGCGGGAAGGAUUUGAGCACCAAACGGGAGAUGGUGGUCCAGUACAUCUCCGCCACAGCCAAAUCUGGAGGACUGAGGAACAGCAAGCAUGAAUGUACGCUCUCGUCCCAGGAGUACGUCCACGAGCUUCGUACGGGCAUCGCGGAAGAAAAGCUGCUCAACUGCCUGGAGUCGCUUCGAGUUUCUCUCACCAGUAACCCUGUCAGUUGGGUCAAUAAUUUCGGCCAUGAGGGUCUGGGACUGCUUCUGGAUGCGCUGGAGAAGCUCUUGGAUAAGAAACAGCAAGAGAAUAUCGAUAAACGGAAUCAGCAUAAGCUUAUACAAUGCUUGAAGGCUUUCAUGAACAACAAGUACGGGCUGCAAAGGAUCCUGGGAGACGAGCGCAGCCUGUUGUUACUGGCGCGAUCCAUUGACCCCAAGCAGGCCGGCAUGAUGACGGAGACUGUCAAAAUCCUCUCCGCCUUCUGCAUCAUCGGCGAGGAGAACAUCCUGGAUAAGAUUCUGGCUGCCAUGACGAUUGCUGCCGAGCGGAAUAAUAAAGAGAGAUUUGCUCCAAUUGUGGAAGGACUGGAGAACCACGAUGCCCAACAGCUCCAGGUUGCUUGCAUGCAGCUGAUCAACGCCCUGGUUACCUCCCCGGAAGACCUGGACUUCCGGAUACAUCUCCGAAAUGAGUUCCUAAGAUGCGGCCUCAAAAAGAUCCUGCCUGAGCUGAAAGAGACUGAGGAGUUGGACAUCCAGCUGAAGGUGUUCAAUGAGAACAAGGAGGAGGACUUCAUCGAACUGACCCAUCGCUUGGACGACAUCCGAGCUGAGAUGGAUGAUAUGAAUGAGGUGUAUCAUCUCUUGUCCAACAUGGUGAAAGACACGGGCUCCGAGACCUACUUCCUGUCCAUCCUGCAGCACCUGCUGCUCAUCAGGAACGACUACUACAUCAGGCCGCAGUACUACAAGGUGAUCGAGGAAUGCGUGUCGCAGGUGGUCCUGCACCGAAGCGGCAUGGACCCGGACUUCGGCUACAGUCGACGGCUGGAUGUGGACUUCACCCAUUUAAUUGAACAAUGUGUGGACAAAGCCAAAGUUGAAGAGAGCGAGCAGAAAGCUGCAGAGUACUCCAAAAAGUUUGACGAGGAGUUCAGCGCGCGGCAGGAGGCCCAGGCCGAGUCUCAAAAGAAAGAGGAGAGAAUCAAAGAGCUGGAGGGGAAGAUCCAGGCCCUGGAGUCUCAGAUUGCAGCCGGUCCAGCUGUGCCCGGAGCGCCCCCUGCACCAUCGCAACCCGGAGGUGCUCCCGCGCCGCCGCCGCCGCCUCCUCCGGGUGGCUGUCCGCCACCGCCACCACCCCCGCCUCCUUUACCGGGCCAUGCUGGCGCUCCACCGCCUCCGCCGCCGCCGCCUCCCCCGGGCGGGGGACCUCCACCUCCGCCGCCGCCACCCGGGUGUGGGCCCCCGCCUCCUCCUCCUUUCUUCGGAGGCCCGGGCGCCCCUCCGCCGCCCCCGUCUUUACCCGUCCUCAAACUGCCGUACGGGCUCGAGCCCAAGAAGGUGUACAAGCCGGAGACGGUGAUGAAGCGGGUCAACUGGAGCAAGAUAGUGCCCCAGGAAAUGGCGGAGAAUUGCGUCUGGAUCAAAGUGAAAGAGGAGAAGUUUGAGAACCCCGACCUCUUUGCCCAGCUCUCCCACUACUUCUCGUCGCAGAGCAAAGCGAGAAAGGAAACAAAAGAUGAAACUGACGACAGAAUGACACAGUUUAAGAAGAAGGCCAAGGAGCUUCGCAUUUUGGACGCAAAGACGGCGCAGAAUCUGUCAAUUUUCUUGGGCUCCUUCCGCCUGCCCUAUGAUGAGAUCCGAGACAUCGUGCUGCAGGUGGACGAGGAAAGACUGAGCGAGUCGCUCAUCCAGAACCUGAUAAAGAACCUGCCGGAGCAGAACGAGCUGUCAUCACUAGCUGAACUUAAGAGUGAAUAUGAAGAGCUGGUGGAGUCGGAGCAGUUUGGGAUUGUGAUGAGUUCGGUCAAGCUCCUGCGGCCGCGUCUCAACGGCAUCCUGUUCAAGCUGACCUUCGAGGAGCAGGUGAACAACAUCCGCCCGGACAUCAUGAACGUGACGUUCGCCUGCGAGGAGGUGAAGAAGAGCGAGGGCUUCCGGAAGCUGCUGGAGUUGGUGCUGCUGGUCGGCAACUACAUGAACGCCGGCUCCAGGAACGCCCAGACGUUUGGUUUCAACGUCAGCUUCCUCUGCAAGCUGCGAGACACCAAAUCGAUAGCUCAGUGCACGACACUGCUUCACUUUCUGGCGGAGAAGUGUGACGAAGCGUUCCCGGAGAUCUUGAGGUUUCCAGAUGAAUUGGAGCACGUGGAAAAUGCCAGCAAAGUGUCUGCUGAGAUCCUGAAAAGCAGCCUGACCACCAUGGAGCGUCACAUCGUGCGCCUGGAGAACGACAUCGAGAACUUCCCUAAAACGGACGACGCGCAGGAUAAGUUUGUGGAAAAAAUGUCCGGCUUCUGCAAGCACUCGCGGGAGCAGUACGAGAAGCUGUCCAUCAUGCAUAAGAACAUGCAGAAGCUCUACGAGAACACGGGCAGCUACUUCGCCUUCGACCCGCAGGCCGUCAGCGUGGAGGACUUCUUCGGGGAGCUCUCCAACUUCCGCACCCUCUUCCUGGAAGCUGUGAAGGAGAACCACAAGAAGAGGGAGAUGGAGGAGAAGAUCAAGAGAGCCAGGCUGGCGAAGGAAAAAGCCGAGCGCGAGAAGCAGGAGCGUCAGCAGAAGAAGAAGCAGCUGAUUGACAUGAACAAAGAGGGAGAUGAAACUGGAGUGAUGGACAGCCUCAUGGAAGCGCUACAGUCCGGAGCAGCCUUCCGCGAUCGCCGAAAACGGACGCCGCGCAACGAUAACCGCCGCGCCGUGCUGGAACGCUCCCGCUCUCGCCACAACACCAACCACCAGGCUCGAUGAUGUCGCCCGAAGACGACCCGGAGGAGGAUCCUGUCGCUGAGUCCCACACACGUUAACCCCGCCUUCCACGCUCUCUCUCUCCAUGUUGUCCUCCUGUCGGUCCGUCAUAGGAAACAAAAACGCGUCGCCAAAACGGUGCUGUGUACAAACGUAGGAGACUAUACCCAUUCCACGCUUAGACUUCAGAGCAUGUGACUCACACGCCUCAAUUUUCGACAGGAUUCAUUUUAUAUUUUCAAAUACACGGCGCUUUUCAUAUUUUACACACCUCCGUUUCGACAGGAUGCAUUUUGGGUUUUAAGCGCCUCCUUUUCAUUAAGAGACACACCUCCAUUGUGGCAAGAUGCAUUUCAUUCUGUACGCACCUCCAUUUUUGACAGGAUGCAUUUUAUUCUUGACACACCUCCAUUUUUGACAGGAUGCAUUAUAUUUUUUAGGUGCCUCCAUUUUCCACAGAAUGCAAUUUCCUACGCACCUCCAUUCUGACAGGAUGCAUUUUAGUCUUGACACAUCUCCAUUACGACAGGGUGCAUUUUAUUUUGUAGGUGCCUCUUUUUCAGUAGGAGACACACCCCCAUUGUGGCAAGAUGCAUUAUAUUCUGUACGCACCUCCGUUUUUGACAGGAUGCAUUUUAUUCUUGACACAUCUCCAUUACGACAGGGUGCAUUUUAUUUUGUAGGUGCCUCCUUUUCAUUAGGAGACACACCUCCAUUGUGGCAAGAUGUAUUAUAUUUUUGACACACCUCUAUUUUUGACAGGAUGCAUUUUAUUCUUGACACACCUCCAUUACGACAGGACAUAUUUUGGGUUUUAAGCGCCUCCUUUUCAUUAAGAGACACACCUCCAUUGUGGCAAGAUGCAUUUUAUUCUGUACACACCUCCAUUUUUGACAGGAUGCAUUUUAUUUUGUAGGUGCCUCCAUUUUCCACAGAAUGCAAUUUAUUCCUACACACCUCCAUUCUGACAGGAUGCAUUUUAUUCUUGACACAUCUCCAUUACGACAGGGUGCAUUUCAUUUUGUAGUUGCCUCCUUUUCAUUAGGAGACACACCCCCAUUGUGGCAAGAUGCAUUAUAUUCUGUACGCACCUCCAUUUUUGACAGGAUGCAUUUUAUUCUUGACACACCUCCAUUACGACAGGAUACAUUUUGGGUUUUAAGCGCCUCCUUUUCAUUAGGAGACACACCUUCAUUGUGGCAGGAGUAAUUAUAUUCUGUACGCACCUCCAUUUUUGACAGGAUGCAUUUUAUAUGAAUAUAUGACAUAUAUUCUCUUGCGCCUCAAUUUUUGACAGGAUCCGUUUAAAUUUUCCGCACCUCCAACUUUGACAGGGUGCAUUUGAAUUGUAUGCCCCUCCAUUUUGUUAAAACUAAAUUCUUUAAGCACCUUCAUUUCUAAUAGGUUGCAUGUUAUUCAUUACACACCUCCUUUUUCAACAGGAUGCAAUUUAACAUUACGCACCUCCAUUGCGACUUUAUGCAUUGUGUUUAUACCUGACUCCAAUUUGGGAAAAAACUAAUUACAUUUAUUCUUAUCCAUCUCAAUUUUUGACCGGAUUUUUCUGCACCUCCAACUUUGACAGGAUGCAUUUGAAUUUGAAUUGAACUAAAUGUAUUCUUUAAGUGCCUUCAUUUCUAACAGGAUGCGUGUUGUUCUCUACGCACCUCUAUUUUUGACAGGAUAAAAUACAUUUUUUUAAAGCACCUACAAAAUUAUUUUUUACACACCUCCGUUUUUGACAGGAUUUUUUUUUUUUUAACCUCCAUUGUGAGAAUGUUUUACAUUUUCUUCACGCAACUUCAUUUUUGACUAGAUGCAUUUUAUUUUGUAUGCACCUCCAUUGUGGAAAAAAAAUUAUUAAUUUUUCACGCACCUCCAUUUUUGACAGGAUGCAUUUAAACUUUCCACACCUCCAACUUUGACAGGAUGCAUUUUAAUUUAUGCCACCCCAUUUUUUUUAAACUAAAUGUAUUAUCUAAGCUCCUUCUUUUCUAACAAGAUGCAUGUUAUUCUCUACGCACCUCCAUUUUUGACAGGAUUUAAUAGAUUUUUAAUGAACCGCCGUUGUGAGAAUAUCUUACAUUUUCUUUACGCACCUCCGUUUUCGACAAGAUGCAUUAAAUUUUUUAAGCACCUCCAUUGUGGGAAAAAAAAAUAAUUCAUUAUUUACGCACCUCCAUUUUCGACAGGAUGCAUUUAAACUUUCCGCACCUCCAACUUUGAUUGGAUGCAUUUAAAUUUUAUGCUACUCCAUCUUUAAAAACUAAAUGUAUUCACUAAGCUCCUUAAUUUCUAACAGGAUGCAUGAUAUUCUCUGUGCAUCUCCAUUUUUGACAGGACUUAAUUGAUUUUAGUUUUUUCAUUUAUCGACAAGAUGCAUUUAAACUUACCGCACCUCCAACUUUGACAGGAUGCACUUUAAUUUUAUGCCACUCUCUUUUGUAAAACUAAAUGUACUCUAGCAGGAUGCAUGCUUUUCCCUACACACCUCCAUUUUUGACAGGAUUUUGUGUUUUUUAUGAACCUCCGUUGUGAGAAUGUUUUACAUUUUCUUUACGCACCUUCAUUUUUGACAGAAUGCAUUUGAUCUUUGUUAAAAAAAAUCAAUUCAUUUUUUACGCACCUCCAUUAUCGACAGAAUGCAUUUAAACUUUCCCCACCCCCAACUUUGACAGGAUGCAUUUUAAUUGUAUGCCACUUUUGUCAAAUCCAAUGCAUUCUUUAAGCGCCUUCAUUUCUAACAGGAUGCAUGUUAUUCUCUACGCACCUCCAUUUUUGACACAAUUUAACUUAUUUUUUAUGAACCUCCAUUGUGAGAAUGUUUUUUUUGUUUAAUUACUCACCUUCCUUUUUGACAGAAUGCAUUUUAUUUUGCAUGCACCUCCAUGGUGAAAACAAUUUAAUGAACUAUUUCACGCACCUCCAUUUUUGACAGGAUUUUACUAAUUUUUCAUGGACAUCCUUUGUGAGAAUGUUGUUGUUGUUUUUUUAAAUUACUCACCUUCCUUUUUGACAGGAUGCAUUUUAUUUUGCAUGCACCUCCAUUGUGAAAACAUUUGAAUACAUUUUUUCACGCACCUCUAUUUUCGACAGUAUGCAUUUCAACUUUUCGCCCCCCCAACCCCAACUUUGACAGGAUGCAUUUUAAUUGUAUGCCACUUUUGUCAAAUUAAAUGCAUUCUUUAAGCGCCUUCGUUUCUAACAGGAUGCAUGUUAUUCUCUACGCACCUCCAUUUUUGACAGGAUUUUACUUAUUUUUCAUGAACCUCCAUUGUGAGAAUGUUUUUUUUUUUAAUUGCUCACCUUCCUUUUUGAUAGAAUGCAUUUUAUUUUGCAUACACCUUUAUGGUGGGAAAAAAAAUAUGAACUAUUUCACGCACCUCCAUUUUUGACAGGAUUUAACUUAUUUUCCAUGAACCUCCAUUGUGAGAUUUUUUUAUUUUUUUUAAUGACUCACCUUCCUUUUUGACAGGAUGCAUUUUAUUUUGCAUGCACCUCCAUUGUGAAAACAUUUGAAUACAUUUUUUCACGCGCCUCUAUUUUCUACAGGAUGCAUUUAAACUUUUCGCCCCCCAACUUUGACAGGAUGCAUUUUAAUUGUAUGCCACUUUUGUCAAAUUAAAUGCAUUCUUUAAGCGCCUUUGUUUCUAACAGGAUGCAUGUUAUUCUCUACGCACCUCCAUUUUUGACAGGAUUUUACUUAUUUUUCAUGAACCUCCUUUGUGAGAAUGUUUUUUUUUUUAAUUGCUCACCUUCCUUUUUGAUAGAAUGCAUUUUAUUUUGCAUGCACCUCUAUGGUGGAAAUAAAAAUAUGAACUAUUUCACGCACCUCCAUUUUUGACAGGAUUUAACUUAUUUUUCAUGAACCUCCAUUGUGAGAUUUUUUUUUAACAUUUUUUAAUGACUCACCUUCCUUUUUGACAGGAUGCAUUUUAUUUUGCAUGCACCUCCAUUGUGAAAACAUUUGAAUACAUUUUUUCACGCACCUCUAUUUUCGACAGGAUGCAUUUCAACUUUUCGUCCCCCCCACCCCCAACUUUGACAGGAUGCAUUUUAAUUGUAUGCCACUUUUGUCAAAUUAAAUGCAUUCUUUAAGCGCCUUCGUUUCUAACAGGAUGCAUGUUAUCCUCUACGCACCUCCAUUUUUGACAGGAUUUAACUUAUUUUUCAAGAACCUCCAUUGUGAGGAUGUUUUUUUUGUUUAAUUACUCACCUUCCUUUUUGACAGAAUGCAUUUUAUUUUGCAUGCACCUCCAUUGUGGAAACAAAUGAAAUACAUUUUUUCACGCACCUCCAUUUUUGACAGGAUUUAACUUAUUUUUCAUGAACCUCCCUUGUAGGAAUGCUUUUUUUUUAAUUACUCACCUUCCUUUUUGACAGGAUUUUAUUUUGCAUGCAACUCCAUUGUGGAAAAAAAUUAUAUCUAUUUUAUUCACGCACCUCCGUUUUCGACAGGAUGCAUUUUUCUUUGUUAGGCCCCUCCAAAGAAAUCCUGCAUGAGCUUCCUGCCGACAUUUAUGCUGUUUUAAAGUACAUUCUUACAAUAGCUGAUUAAUUAAUAAGCACAUCCUCUAAGCGUCGUUAUAUCCCCGAACAAAAUGCAUCAUGUUUUUCGGCGACGGUGAGCCACAGGGCAUAUUUAAUGCAUCGAUUUGAAAUCAAGGCGAGAGUUUAAGGGGGAAAAUAAAGCAACUAAGGAAGCAGCGAAUUAGAGCCAGUGCUCCCUAGUGGGCUCCUCACCGCUGCUGCUUCUCAGUUUGUUGACGUUUUAAACAUUCAACAAACGCGCCUCGUGCUCGUCGGUGUUGUUGGGGGAACGGAGCGUUGGCCACGUAUUCAUGUAUUCAUGCCUGGGGUGCCCUGCUCCACAGACCACUCGCUAACUCUAAGCAGAUGCUGCCAACAACAAGCCGUGAGUCCAAGUCCCGAGUCAAGACGGGCAGGGUCGGCCUCCCACCGCCAGCACGACCACGCCAACAGGAUUCCUGGCGUGUGGGUCGUCCAUUAGAAUAACAGGUUUUCUUCACGUUUGGGGAAGGUUGUCAACAAUCGCGCC